AUGCGUAGCACAACUGCCUGCCAAACUCGCCCACACCGUGCCUCUUUCGAAUGCCAGACACGCGCCUCUCCAGGUUGCCCGCGCGCGCACCUCCUUGACGCCCGCGCGCGCUUCUCCUUGACGCCCGCGCGCGCUUCGCCCAUGGGGAAGGACACGGGGGUGAGGGGGAAGGACAGAGGGGGAGAGACAGAUGGGGGAGGCACCGGGUGGAGGACAGAAGGGGAGAGACAGAGGGUGCAGGACACAGGGGGAGAGACAGAGGGGGAAUGUCACAGGGGGAGAGAUAGAGGGGGAAGGAGACUGGGAGAGAGACAGAAGGGGAAGGACAGAGGGGGAGAUGCAGAGGGGGGAGGACAUAGGGAAGGACCUCAGAGAGCGAAGGCCACCACACACCACCAGCAUUCCCUCCACUUGCCCGCCUCCUUUGCCCACCACGCACCACCAGGAUCCCCCCCACUUGUCCGCCCCCCUUCCCCCCCACACACCACCAGCAUUCCCCCCACUUGCCCGCCCCCCUUCCCCCCCACACACCACCAGCAUUCCCCCCACUUGCCCGCCUCCUUUCCCCCCACAUUCCCACCUCCAUCCCCUCAACCUGCAACCCCCCGUUCCCCCCACAGACCGACCUCCGUGCAACCCACAUAUAUCCCUCUUUCCCCACUCCCACCUCCUUGCUUCCCCACUCCCUCCUCCCUGCUUCCCCCCUCCCUCGAGACAGAGGGGGGAGGAACAGGGGGAAGGACCGAGAAUGAGAGAGACAGAGGGGGACGGACAAAGAGGGAGAGACAGAGGGGGAAGGACACAGGUGGAGUGACAGAUGGUGAACAGCACAGGGGGGGAGACAGAAGGGGAAUGAUGGAGGGGGAGGAUAAGAGGGGGAGGGGCACAGAGGGGGAAGGACAGAGGUCUAUUCUCCUUUGCCACACCUGCUUCCACCCUCCCUCCCCCCUGCUUCCCCUCUCUCGCCUCCCUGCUUCCCCCCUCCCUCCUCCCUGUUUUCCCUCUCCCUCCUCCCUGCUUCCCCCCUCCAUCCCCAAUGCUUCCCCCAUGCACCUCCUCUCCCUCGAUCUUGCCAUCUUUCCAGUCCCUCCCCAUGUGCCUCUCCAAUCCCUCCCCUUGUACCUAUCCUCUCCCUCCCCAUGUACAAUUGCAAAGAGGAGGGGGGACGCACGCGCAACAGGGGGGCAGCGCAGCAGACUUGUGUGCAAUGUCAGUGACCAUUCACCCUCUCUUGCAGACCUUUUUGGACUGCAUUCACAUCCGGAAGGAGGAGGGGGGACGCAGGUGCAACUAGGGGGCAGCGCAGCAGACUUAGGAACACGCACACAUUCGAAAAGUGCCUGCUGCAUCGAUGAGUUGAUAAAGUCUGGGCUGAAUGCUGAGAUGUGUGCUUCUUUUUCUCUUCCCAUUCCCCUCCGUGCUUGCCGCCCAGCAGGUGCUGGAGAGCGGCGCCCAGGUGCUGAGCGACCGGGGAAUCUGCUGCAUUGA